UCCAAAAACUCCAACAAAGCUUGAAUCAUGGGUCUCCAAAUCGAUCCAGCAUUCGUCCAAGCCGCCGAGCACCGCCCUAAAAGCACCAUCUCCGACGCCGGCAGCAUCCCUCUCAUCGACCUCUCCCCACUCCUCCAUCACCAGAUCCCCUCCGAUCCAUCCGAUCCCGCCAUCGCCGAUGAGAUCUCCAAUCUCAUCGCCCAGAUCGGUGAGGCUUGCAAAGAUUGGGGGUUUUUCCAGGUUGUGAAUCAUGGAGUGGAGAUGGAGUUGCUGGAGAAGGUUGAGGCGGUGACGAAGGAGUUCUUCGCUUUGCCGGCGGAGGAGAAGAGGAAGGUGAAGAGAGGGGAAGUGAAUCCGAUGGGGUAUUACGAUGCGGAGCACACGAAGAAUGUUAGGGAUUGGAAAGAGGUUUUUGAUUUCUCGGUGACUGAAUGGGUGACACCUUCGCUCCGGUUGGAGAAUCAGUGGCCGGAGAACCCGCCGGAGAUGAGGGUGGUAUGUGAGAAGUACUAUAUAGGUGUGGAGAAGUUAGGCUACAAAUUACUAGAGCUCAUUUCACUUAGCUUGAAUUUGGCUGCCAAGCAUCUCAGUGCCUUCUAUGAGGACUCAAAUAGUUAUAUUCGACUAAACCAUUACAGUCCUUGCAACUCACCGGACCUUGUGCUUGGCGUCGGCCACCAUAAAGAUUGUGGAGGUCUCACUGUUCUCUUUCAAGACGAAGUUGGUGGGCUUGAUAUCAAAAGAAAAACUGAUGGAGAGUGGAUUAGGGUCAAACCCAUUCAUAAUUCUUUUAUUGUCAAUCUCGGAGAUAUUAUUCAGGUGUGGAGCAAUGAUAAGUAUGAGAGUGUGGAGCAUAGAGUGUCAGUGAACUCAGAGAAGGACAGAUACUCCAUUCCAUUGUUCUUCAACCCUGCAUCAUCUACAAAUGUGAAGCCAUUGGAGGAGCUAGUGAGUGAGGAUAACCCACCAAAGUAUCAUGAGUAUAAUUGGGGACAUUUCUACAAAACUCGCAAAGACUCUAAUUUCCAGAAGUUGGAAAAAGAGAACAUUCAGAUUUAUCAUUUCAAGAGGGUUUAAUUAGUAUUUUAUUUCUGCUUGCUUUUGACCAGCUUCUUCAAUGAAGUUGUGUUUGUUGUUGUGUUUUAAAUAUAUAAUCAUUUGUACUUUAUCUAUUGUUUGUUUUGGUUAUAUGGCCUUGGACUACAUAUAUGUAUAUCUUCAUUCCUA